AUGCGUGCUGUUGUUCUGUUAGGCUUGGCCCUGGUGGCUUCAACGUCCGCCCUAGUGGAAGUAGGGACCGGAUACCACCAGGCCGUAGGUAUUCCUACCGCAGAGAAGAUCAAAGCUGAGGAGGAGAAACUUCUGGCGGUACAAGCCUCAGACAACAGGAUUGUUGGUGGUGCCAUCGCGCCUGCUAACGCGCACCCAUACUUUGCUGGACUGCUGAUCAGUUUGGUUGGUACUUCUGGUCAAUCAGUGUGUGGUUCCUCUCUCCUGUCUGCCAAUCGUGCGGUGACAGCAGCUCACUGCUGGACCGAUGGGUGGAACCAAGCCUGGCAGUUCCUCGUUAUCCUCGGAUCCAAUCUCUUAUUCUCUGGUGGCACCCGAAUUGCUACUACCGAUGUCAUCAUGCACCCACAAUAUAGUGCCUCUAACCUCAACAACGAUAUCGCCAUGAUCAGACUGCCUACCAGCGUUCUAUUCAGCAACAGUAUUCAGCCUAUUGCCCUUCCGAACAACUUGUCUCAAACUUUUGCUGGAUUCUGGGCAGUUGCUGCAGGAUUCGGAAGAACCAGUGACCAGCAAGCUGGUGCAUCCACGAUUGUAAGUCACGUAAACUUGCAAGUUAUCAGCGUUGCGGCCUGUCAGUCCGUGUUCGGUAGCGUGUUCGUGGUUCCAAGCACGAUCUGCACCAACGGGGCUGGAGGAGUCGGUAUCUGCGGCGGAGACUCUGGCGGUCCUCUAGUAUUCAACCAGAACGGCAUACCUACUUUGAUUGGUGUCAGCUCUUUCGUCGCAGCAAAUGGAUGCCAGCUUGGUUUCCCAUCAGCGUUCGCUCGAGUCACCAGCUACGACAGUUUCAUCCGGCAAUACCUAUAA